AUGCCGCAGGUCUUUCAGGCAUCCGACACAGAGGCUGAGAAAUUCGAAGGUGAUGCUGGCCAAGACUGGCCUCUUGAGGGUGUUGUAGGCGAAGAUGUCGACAUCUUUGGCACUUCCAGAUACGAAAUUCGGUGGAAUAAGUGGCGGAGAAAAGAUGGUAGCUCCACUACAUGGGAGAAAGACCUUGAAGGCAACCAUGGGCUUAUCGAGGACUGGAUGGAGGCUCUAACCGAGCAACGUGUGCAACAGGCACACAACUCAGCCUCUGUCAGGCUGCCUCCUCUCUCUCUUGCCACGAUUAACGAGCGACACACAGCGGAGCUGAGUGAAGCUCGUGUUGAGAAGCGUAGAAAACGAGAUUCACAGAAGUCUCAGCGUGGAUAUGACGACCCGUACACCAAAUGGGAUGAGGUCAUGCGCUUGGAUGCAGUUUCUAAUGAGCCACGACAAACGAAAACUGCUCAUCAGGAUGUCAUUGACCGCCAUGACCAAGGUCAGGUUUUGCAGCCCACAAGACGGUCACCAAGAGAGAUUUUACAAGCCCAGUGGGAUGAGGCCACGAAACAUGCGAAAGCAGCACCUGUUAUUAUUGUGUCUGAGGAUGGAGAUGUGGACGAAAUACCAGCAUUGCCGCAGGGAUUUGAGUAUGUGGAGUUUGGAUAUGCAAACAUGAAUGAGCUCACACAUACAAACUGGCAAAAUGCAUUGCUUGGCUGUGACUGCAACGGGAAAUGCACCUCUGCUGAGCAAUGCAAUUGUCAAGUAAUUACGGAUGAUCUUGAGCAAGAGAGAUUGUUUGCUUACACCUCACAGGGCACAGUUAGAGAUGAUUUUGGUCGUGGACCCAACCGAGGGCACCUGGCUGUCGAGUGUAAUCCCAACUGCAAGUGCUCAGACGAUUGUCCAAACCGUGUGGCCCAGAAGGCGAGGCAAGUGCCUCUAGAAGUCUUUGAGACUCAACUUCGAGGUUGGGGAGUUCGUGCCACCUCCGACUUGAAGCCCGGAACUGUAAUAGGAUGUUUUACAGGGAGUUUGAUCACUAGUGACAUGGCAGACGAAGAGGCAAGAGCCGGUAGAGACCAGUACAUGUUCAGUCUUGAUGCCUUGGUCGGAGAAGGAGGGACACCGAAAUUCUGUGUUAAUGCCUUUCACCACGGUAAUUGGACGAGGUUCAUAAAUCAUUCGUGCGUCCCCAACCUACGAGUUCUGCCAGUGAUCUACGGCGAGUUGAUUCCGACGCGGGACUUGGAGAUCUACUAUUUGACCUUUGUUACCACCUGUCGAAUUCCGAAAGGGACGGAGCUAACCAUAGAUUAUGAUCCUCUGGCCGCAGAAAAGAUGCGAACGAGCAAGGGCAAGGGUAAAGCAGGGCCUGCACCGACUAUUGACGACCCAAACAUCAUGGACUGCAAGUGCGGUGAACAGGAAUGCCGAGGCAAAGUCAGAGCAGUGUUCUGAAAGGCUCGCCUUAUUACGAAGUGACCGUGUUCUUGACAUAUCGAGCAGAAAUAGU